CGCUCGCUCAGCCCGGGCACCGCCGCCGCCGCCGCUUCGCCUGCCGCCCGCGGGAGCUGCCGCUGCGUCACGGGCGGGCGGCUUGGCCCAUGUACGCCUUCUACUCGCUGCUGGUGCUGGUCUUCUACGCGCUCUUCAAGAAGGGCGAUGCGGGCCAAGCGGGGGCGGCCCGGGGGCGGCGGGGAAGGCGGCUGCGGAGGCUCCCCGGGGCGCUGCCCCUCGCCCCGACCGCCCCGGGCCGCAGAGCUUUCUCGGAGGAGCUGCCAGAGGACUCCAUCAAGACCCCCUCACCCAGCCAUCGAUGGCUGCAGCUGACCGAUGUGGACAGCAGCUCCGAGAGCGACCGAGGCAGCCCCUCCGAGGAGGAUGACCUGGGCUCGGAGGAAGCCCCCACCCCACUGACGGAGUUCCUGGCCCUCAAGCGCGAGGCAGCCAUUGCCGAGAGGGAAAUGCUGUGUGGAAAGCCCCCGGAGUCCCCACUGGUGCAAACGAUGCUGCAGCUCUUCUCCUUCUUGGAGCGCUACACCCAGCUGCAGCAGCUGCAGGAGAAGGCCGGCGAGUAUCGUUCGCGCCUGCACUGGGAGGAGAGCCGUUGGCGCCGGCAGAUGCGGGGGCUGAAGAGGGCCUACCAGCAGCGGGUGAAGGACAAGCUCAGCGUCAUCCAGAGCCUGGAAGCCAUCAUCCUGGAACAGCAGGGCCUCCUGGAGAAGGUGCAGGCAGGCUCAAAGCUGCAAUCCCCCGGCCUGCUCUGCCCCGUGGCCCCUGGGGGUCUGCACCAGCUGGUGGAGUCCAUCAGCGCCCUCCAGGGAGAGCGGAGCCACCUGGCCGAGGAGGUGGUGGGUCUCCAGCAGCGGGUGGAAGAGCGAGAGAGGGAGAAGCAGCAGCUGGCCAGGAGCUUUCACCACCAGAUCCAAGGCCUGAAGCAGCAGAUCCAAGGGCAGGAGGAAGAACGGGAGCAGCUCCGCCUGGGCAGGGGUGUGACGGACUCGGAGAAGCGAAUCCACAACCUGACCAUGGAAAACGAGGGUCUCAAGCAGAGUCUGCAGCUCUCCCAGGGGCUCCUGCAGCAGGCGGCUGCCAUCUCUGCCCAGCCCUCCGAUCGGAUGGCCAUGGAAAACGAGGCUCUCCACCACAAAGUCUUGCAGCUGGAGGCCAGCCUGCAGCAGAAGGUGGGCGAACUGAUGCGCCUGGAGGGGCGCAUGGACCAGCUGCAGCGGAGCAGGGAGGAAGAGGUGCGGCAGCUGGACAAGCAGCUCUGCGGCCUCCGGCUCCCCCUGCAGAGUCAGAAGGGCCCCCCUUCUGAGGUCCAGGGCCCGGCCAAGGGGGUGCAGGCGGAUUCCUCCCAGACGCUGCAGGCUUUGGCCAACGCGGAGGCGCAGAACAGGGCCCUGGUGCAACAGCUGUCCUCCCAGGCACAGCAGUGCCAACAGCUGGCGGAGCAGCUGCAGAGUUCAGAGGGGGUGGCAGCUGCCCUCCGGCACAAGAUCUCUGCCUACGAGAAGGAGGUCUCGGGGCUGCGUCAGGAGCUGCUUCACGAGAUCCGGCAGCUGGAGGAGCAGAAGGAUAUGGCAGUGCAAGAGGCUUCCCGGACGUCCGAGGAGCGUGCCCAGCCCCUGCGCAAACAGCUGGCAGGAAUGAAGCAGCAUCUGCACACCCUCCGCCCCCUCCUCCAGGGGCUGCAAUUGGACUUCCGGAACAUCCAGGGGGAAAUGGGGAGUUUUGCCCACUGUUACAAAGCCGCCGUCGAGGAAGCCAAGUUGCAGAUGUUCUCGGUGAUCAGGGAAGUGGCACAGAGCAGCCAGUGUCUGCAGGAGCGUUACCUGCGGGAGGUGCAGCUUCGCAAGAAAUACCAUGACCAGCUGUUGGAGCUGAAAGGCAACAUCCGGGUCUUGUGUCGCCUGAAGCCGCUGACCGAGGAGGAGCAGCAGCAGGGGGUCCCCGGGGGUCCCGGGGUAGAAGCCAGCCCGGCCGAGGACGGCUGUGUGACCGCCAGCUACAAGGGGAAGGAGCAUCACUUCAAGCUGGACAAGGUCUUCCUGCCCUGCGCCACUCAGGAGGAGGUCUUCCUGGAGAUUGAGCCGGUGGUCCUGUCCUGCCUGCAAGGUUACAACGUUUGCAUCUUCGCCUACGGACAGACGGGCUCGGGCAAGACCUACACCAUGGAGGGGGUCCCAGGGAAUCCGGGGAUCAACCAGCAGGCCCUGCGUGCUCUCUACCAGGAGAUGGAGGCCAAGCAGGCGCAGGCAUGGAAGUUCUCAGUCCACCUCACGAUGGUGGAGAUCUACAAUGAAGUGAUCAGAGAUCUACUGACCAAAGACCCUCAGGAGAAAUUAGACAUCAAGUUGCAUCCCGACGGGAGUGGUCAGCUUCACGUCCCAGGCCUCACCAGUAUGGAGGUCCAGAACUUCUCUGAGAUUCAGAAGAUUCUCCAGCUGGGAAAGCGGAACCGCAGGACCUCCUCCACCCACAUGAACGCGCACAGCUCCCGUUCGCACGCUCUGCUCACCCUCACGCUCACGGGCACGGAGCUGACCAGCGGCACCAAGGUCACAGGGAAGCUCAACCUGGUGGACCUGGCUGGCUCAGAACGGGUGUGGAAGUCCGGCGCGCAGGGGGAGCGCCUGAAGGAAGCCCAGAGCAUCAACCGGUCCCUGCUGGCCCUCGGAGAGGUCAUCCAGGCCCUGCGGACCAAGCAGGCUCACGUGCCCUUCCGCAACUCCAGGCUCACCUACCUGUUGCAGGACUCGCUGGGCAAGGGCAGCAAGACGGUCAUGAUGGUGCAGAUUUCCCCCCUGGAGAAGAAUGUGGGCGAAUCCAUUUGCUCCCUCAAGUUUGCACAGCGGGUCUGCAAAGUGGAGCUGGGCCCGGCCUCCCGUCGCAUCAAGGCCCCGGACCAGCGCGAGGUCUAAGACCCCCGGCCCUCCGGCAGGCCUCCCUUGGGGAAGGAGCGGAAGGACUGGGCAGGUGGGCUGCCUGGAGAAAUGGGCCCUGCCAAUCAAGUCCGGAAAUGCAUAUUUGAGGCUCCCAGGAUCCGGGUGGGAGGGGGUGGGGAUAGAGGGGCUUCUUUUCAAAUCUGGUACCCUCCUUGCGUUCCAGCUCUGUUCUUUUUCUGCUCUGGGUCUCGUAGUCACAGGAUCCACCUGCCUCCCCUCCCCAAGGCAAAGAAAGAUGCCCCCCCCCCGUAUGUGACUCGCUUGGCCCCCACUUCCUGAGAGCCUCCCCCCUCAUUUGCCAAGCACCCUCCCCCCAGGUUGCAAGAGUCAGGGGGGGGCUACAUUUUCCUAGCCAGAUUCAUGGGCCUGAGAGCUGGCCUAGGUUCCCCCCUCCAGGUGGGAGCCUGUCCCCCACAGCCUUCCCCAAAGGGGUCACCCUCCUCUUCACAUCUCCGUUAUGUUCAUCAAGUGUUAAAGGGCAGGUAUUGGGGUGCCACCCCUCAACAACGUGAAGGAGGAUUGCUGGCACAAGCCCACAUCCUCUUUUAGACCCAGGAGUGCAGACUGCAAUUCCUUGGAACAGCUUUUUGCUGUGCAGGACAGCCCACCCUUCCAUUUGGGGGGGGGGGUUAAUUUAAUUUAAUUAAUCAUAUUUCUAUGCCACCCAACUCCCAAGGGACUCUGGGUACCACCCACCAUAAUCCUUUUUAGCAGAGGAAGUUGGCAGAGCUGCCCAGACUUCCCACCCAGAUGCCAGGAACUGCCUGCUCGAUGCCCCCUGAUUUGCAGGGGGCCAUUUUUAUCAAUGAUAAAUCACAGAGCUGGAAGGGACCUUAGAGGUCUUCUAGUCCAACCCCCUGCCUGGAGGCAGGAGACCGUAUAAUUUUCCCUUUCCUUUCCUGGCUCAGUUCCUGCCCAGGUGAAGCCUCUUCUGUCAGCUGCUCAGGACAAUAAAUCAGCAUUGUCAGCUCACCCUGUGGGCAUUCUGU